AUGGCGGCGGAACGGAGAGCUCGGCGACUCCUCAGCACCGCCUCCUUUUGGCUCUGUUGCCUGCUGCUGCUCGGGCGCCGAGCGCCGGGCGCCAAGGCCGCCAGGAGCGGUUCCCCGCCGCAGUCCCCAGGAUCCAGCAUUCGAACAUUCACUCCAUUUUAUUUUCUGGUGGAGCCAAUGGAUACACUCUCAAUUAGAGGCUCUUCUGUUGUAUUAAAUUGUUCAGCAUAUUCUGAGCCUUCUCCAAAAAUUGAAUGGAAAAAAGAUGGAACAUUUUUAAAUUUAGUAUCAGAUGAUCGACGCCAGCUUCUUCCAGAUGGGUCUUUAUUUAUCAGCAAUGUGGUGCAUUCCAAACACAAUAAACCUGAUGAAGGUUAUUAUCAAUGUGUGGCCACUGUUGAGAGUCUUGGAACUAUUGUCAGCAGAACAGCUAAGCUCACAGUAGCAGGUCUUCCAAGAUUUUCCAGUCAACCAGAACAUUCUUCAGUUUAUGCUGGGGACAGUGCAAUUCUGAAUUGUGAAGUUAAUGCAGAUUUGGUUCCAUUUGUCAGAUGGGAACAGAACAGGCAGCCUCUUCUUCUGGAUGAUAGAUUCCUCAAACUUCCAAGUGGGACAUUGGUUAUCAGCAACACAACUGAAGGAGAUGGGGGACUUUAUCGCUGCAUAGUUGAAAGUGGUGGGCCACCAAAGUACAGUGAUGAAGCUGAAUUAAAAGUUCUUACAGGUUCCGAGGUCACAUCAAACUUGGUAUUUUUGAAACAACCUUCUUCCCUAGUCAGAAGUAUUGGUCAAAGUGCAGUAUUGCCAUGUGUUGCUUCAGGACUUCCUCGUCCAACAAUUAGAUGGAUGAAAAAUGAGGAGGCACUUGACACAGAAAGCUCUCAAAGAUUGGUAAUGCUGGCAGGUGGUAGCCUGGAGAUCAGUGAUGUCACAGAGGAUGAUGCUGGAACUUAUUUUUGUGUAGCUGAUAAUGGAAAUGAAACAGUUGAAGCUCAAGCAGAGCUUACAGUACAAGCCCAACCUGAAUUCCUGAAGCAACCUACUAAUAUAUAUGCUCAUGAAUCUAUGGAUAUUGUAUUUGAAUGUGAAGUGACUGGGAAACCAACUCCAACUGUGAAGUGGGUCAAGAAUGGGGAUAUGGUUAUCCCAAGUGAUUACUUUAAGAUUGUAAAGGAACAUAAUCUGCAAGUUUUGGGUCUGGUGAAGUCAGACGAAGGAUUCUAUCAAUGCAUUGCUGAGAAUGAUGUUGGAAAUGCACAAGCUGGGGCCCAACUGAUAAUCCUUGAACAUGCACCAGCUACAUCGGGACCACUGCCUUCAGCACCUCGGGAUGUCGUGGCCUCUCUGGUCUCUACUCGCUUCAUCAAAUUGACAUGGCGGACACCUGCAUCAGAUCCUUAUGGAGACAAUCUUACCUACUCUGUCUUCUAUACCAAGGAGGGGAUUACUAGGGAACGUGUUGAGAAUACCAGUUACCCAGGAGAAAUGCAGGUAACCAUUCAAAAUCUAAUGCCAGCGACUGUGUACAUCUUUAGAGUGAUGGCUCAUAAUAAGCAUGGCUCCGGAGAGAGUUCAGCUCCUCUUCGAGUAGAAACACAACCUGAGGUUCAGCUCCCUGGCCCAGCACCUAAUAUCCGAGCAUAUGCAACUUCCCCAACUUCCAUCACUGUCACCUGGGAAACACCAUUGUCUGGCAAUGGGGAAAUUCAGAAUUACAAAUUGUACUACAUGGAAAAAGGGACUGACAAAGAACAGGAUGUUGAUGUUUCAAGUCACUCCCAUACCAUUAAUGGGUUGAAAAAAUAUACAGAGUAUAGUUUCCGAGUGGUGGCCUACAAUAAACAUGGUCCUGGAGUCUCCACACAAGAUGUUGCUUUUCAAACAUUGUCAGAUGUUCCCAGUGCUGCUCCUCAGAAUCUGUCCUUAGAAGUAAGAAAUUCAAAGAGUAUUAUGAUUCACUGGCAGCCACCUCCUCUAGCCACACAAAAUGGGCAAAUUACUGGCUACAAGAUACGCUACAGAAAGGCCUCCCGGAAGAGUGAUGUCACUGAGAUGUUGGUGCCUGGGACCCAGCUGUCUCAGCUGAUUGAAGGUCUGGAUCGGGGGACUGAAUAUAAUUUUCGAGUGGCUGCUCUAACAGUAAAUGGCACAGGCCCGGCUACUGACUGGCUGGCUGCUGAAACUUUUGAAAGUGACUUAGAUGAAACUCGUGUUCCUGAAGUACCUAGUUCACUUCAUGUCCGCCCACUUGUUACUAGCAUCGUAGUAAGUUGGACUCCUCCAGAGAACCAGAACAUUGUGGUCCGAGGUUAUGCCAUUGGUUAUGGCAUUGGCAGCCCGCACGCGCAGACCAUCAAAGUAGACUAUAAACAGCGCUAUUACACCAUCGAAAAUCUGGAUCCCAGCUCUCAUUAUGUGAUUACCUUGAAAGCAUUUAACAAUGUGGGUGAAGGCAUCCCUCUAUAUGAGAGUGCUGUGACCAGACAUCAUACAGUGCCAGAUCCCACUCCCAUGAUGCCACCAGUGGGAGUCCAGGCUUCCAUUCUGAGUCAUGAUACCAUAAGGAUUACUUGGGCGGACAAUUCACUGCCCAAACACCAGAAGAUUACAGACUCUCGCUACUACACAGUCCGAUGGAAAACCAACAUCCCAGCAAACACCAAGUAUAAGAAUGCAAAUGCAACGACUUUGAGUUACCUGGUGACUGGUUUAAAAGCAAAUACACUCUAUGAAUUCUCUGUAAUGGUGACCAAAGGUCGACGAUCAAGCACAUGGAGUAUGACAGCCCAUGGGACCACUUUUGAAUUAGUUCCUACUUCUCCACCCAAAGAUGUGACAGUUGUAAGUAAAGAGGGAAAACCUAGGACCAUAAUUGUAAAUUGGCAACCUCCCUCUGAAGCCAAUGGCAAAAUUACAGGUUACAUAAUAUAUUACAGCACGGAUGUGAAUGCAGAGAUACACGAUUGGGUUAUUGAGCCUGUUGUGGGCAACAGGUUGACUCACCAAAUACAAGAGCUAACACUUGACACACCAUACUAUUUCAAAAUCCAGGCUCGGAACUCAAAGGGUAUGGGACCCAUGUCUGAAGCUGUUCAGUUCAGAACACCUAAAGCGGACUCCUCUGAUAAAAUGCCUAAUGAUCAAGCCUCAGGGUCUGCAGGAAAAGGAAGCCGGCUGCCAGACUUAGGAUCUGACUACAAAACUCCCAUGAGCGGCAAUAACAGCCCCCAUGGAAGCCCCACCUCUCCUCUGGACAGUAAUAUGCUACUGGUCAUCAUCAUCUCUGUUGGGGUCAUCACCAUCGUGGUGGUUGUGAUCAUUGCUAUUUUUUGCACCAAGCGCACCACCUCUCACCAGAAAAAGAAACGAGCUGCUUGUAAGUCAGUGAAUGGCUCCCACAAGUAUAAAGGGAAUGCCAAAGAUGUCAAACCCCCAGACCUCUGGAUCCAUCAUGAGCGACUGGAGCUGAAACCAAUUGAUAAGUCUCCAGACCCAAACCCCAUCAUGACCGAUACUCCAAUUCCUCGUAACUCUCAAGAUAUCACACCAGUUGACAAUUCCAUGGACAACAACAUCCAUCAGAGGCGGAAUUCGUACAGAGGGCAUGAAUCAGAGGACAGCAUGUCUACACUGGCUGGAAGGCGAGGAAUGAGACCCAAAAUGAUGAUGCCCUUUGACUCUCAGCCACCCCAACCUAUGAUUAGUGCCCAUCCCAUCCAUUCCCUCGAUAACCCUCACCAUCAUUUCCACUCCAGCAGCCUCGCUUCUCCAGCUCGCAGUCAUCUCUUCCACCCAAGCAGCCCAUGGCCCAUUGGCACAUCCAUGUCCCUUUCAGACAGGGCUAAUUCCACAGAAUCCAUUCGAAAUACCCCCAGCACUGACACCAUGCCAGCCUCCUCAUCUCAGACAUGCUGUACUGAUCACCAGGAUCCUGAAGGUGCUACAAGCUCCUCUUACUUGGCCAGCUCCCAAGAGGAAGAUUCAGGCCAAAGUCUUCCUACCGCACAUGUUCGCCCUUCCCACCCAUUGAAGAGCUUUGCUGUGCCAUCCAUCCCACCUCCGGGCCCACCCACCUAUGAUCCCACACUGCCAAGCACACCAUUACUGUCCCAGCAAGCUCUGAACCAUCACAUUCACUCAAUGAAGACGGCCUCCGUUGGAAACUUAGGAAGGAGCAGGCCUCCCAUGCCCGUGGUGGUUCCCAGUGCCCCCGAAGUGCAGGAGACCACAAGGAUGCUGGAAGACUCCGAAAGUAGCUAUGAACCAGAUGAGCUAACCAAAGAGAUGGCCCACCUGGAAGGACUAAUGAAGGACCUCAACGCCAUCACGACAGCAUGA